AAUUAUCAAUGUUAGCACAGUUAGCAAUAAAAAAUUGAAGGUUUUUAGAAAAUAGAACAAAAAAUAAUUUUCGAAUUGAAAUUCUUUUCGAUUAGCUAUAGUAAAACAUUAGCAAUAUAAUUUAAAGUGAUAGAUGUUAGAAUCAUUUUAAGUAAAGAAAGUUGAAAAUCCACCGACAGACAGUAACUAAAAUAAAAUAAUUCAAUAGUCAAAAUGGCAAAUUUUGGGAGAAGACUUAUUGAAAAUCUUAAAAGUCCCCAGUUUCGGGAGUACUUAAUGAGCACUCAUUUUUGGGGGCCAGUAGCAAACUGGGGCAUUCCUAUUGCGUGUUUAAUGGACAUCAAGAAAGACCCUAAAAUUAUAUCAGGGACAAUGACGACCGCACUCAUUCUCUAUUCUUGUGUGUUUAUGAGAUUCGCAUGGAAAGUGCAGCCGAGGAACAUGCUUCUGUUUGCAUGUCAUUUUACAAAUGCAUCAGCUCAAGGUGUUCAAGGUGGACGUUUUAUUCGAUAUCAUUAUCUUGGUGGUGCAGAAGCAGAAGCAGAAAAUCAGAAACAACUAAACGCAGCUUAAAGAUUGAUUUUAAGAAUUUAAAAUUUUCUUAAUUACUUAAGUUUCUUCCAGUAGGGUUGAAGAUUCCUUAAACAAAAUGCGAGAAUCUUGAAGACUUACUCGUCAGUGUAGAUGCCAGUGGGUAGAUGUAGUGAAAAUAGAAUAACAAAUAAUGAUAUUUCAUAAAGUACGAAGAAGAAACUCAAUUUUUUCAAAAAAUGUAACACAUACGACACAAAAGUUCAAAGCGAUGAAAAUUUUAUAUUAUUUAUAGUAAUUGAAAGUUAUCUGCCGAGUUUAUGAUUACCAAUCUAGGUUUGUGAACUGUCUUAAUUAUUUGAUAUUUAAAAAAUUUCCUAAUAAACCCUAUAAUUUAUACGAAAAAUAAAGCGAGAAGAAAUGUUAAUAACAGAGAAA